GAAAGCCAAGAUGGACGCGUCCAUUUGAACGCCUCACCCGCCCGCCUGUCUUUAGCAGUCCGCGGCUGCGCCCGCCCGUUCUUCCUCCGGAAUAAAGGAGGGAGAGGGGAUGAGAAGCUGUGGCGGCCCAGGAGUCGUCGUGACCGAUCUGCCCCUCGGCCCCCGCGCCUGCAGGGAGCGGCCGGGGCUCGCCGCGCCGGACGCGUCUCGAGUCACACAGAAAUAAUGGUGAUAUUUGGAACCCAUGUCGAACUUCUAUGAAGAAAGGGCAACGAUGAUUGCAGCCGGGGAUUUGCAGGAAUUUGUUCCUUUCGGUCGAGACCACUGCAAGCACCACCCUAAUGCUUUGAACCUUCAGCUUCGCCAGCUGCAGCCAGCCUCUGAGUUAUGGUCUUCUGAUGGUGCUGCCGGCUUGGUGGGAUCUCUUCAAGAGGUUACAAUCCAUGAGAAACAGAAGGAAAGCUGGCAGUUGAGAAAAGGAGUUAGUGAAAUUGGAGAAGAAGUGGACUAUGAUGAAGAACUCUAUGUGGCUGGAAAUAUGGUGAUAUGGAGCAAAGGAAGUAAAAGCCAAGCACUGGCGGUUUAUAAGGCGUUUACAGUUGAUAGUCCUGUUCAGCAGGCAUUGUGGUGUGACUUCAUUAUAUCACAGGAUAAAUCUGAAAAGUCCUACAGUAGCUAUGAAGUCGAAAAAUGCAUAUGUAUAUUGCAGAGUUCAUGUAUAAAUAUGCAUAGUAUAGAAGGAAAGGAUUAUAUAGCUUCCUUACCAUUUCAGGUUGCAAAUGUUUGGCCCACUAAAUAUGGAUUAUUGUUUGAACGAAGCACAUCUUCCCAUGAGGUACCUCCAGGUCCACCCAGAGAACCUUUGCCCACUAUGUUCAGCAUGCUGCACCCUCUAGAUGAAAUAACCCCACUGGUUUGUAAAUCUGGAAGUCUUUUUGGCUCAUCACGGGUACAAUAUGUUGUAGAUCAAGCAAUAAAAAUCGUGUUCCUCAACAUCGACCCUUCCAUUGUAAUGACAUAUGACACUGUCCAAAACGUGCAUUCUGUGUGGACUCUCCGGAGAGUCAGAGCAGAGGAAGAGAACGUAGUCCUAAAGUUCUCUGAACAGGGGGGAACCCCCCAGAACGUGGCCACUAGCAGCUCCCUCACAGCACAUCUGAGAAGCCUGUCCAAAGGCGACUCCCCUGUGGCGUCACCUUUCCAGAACUACUCCUCCAUCCACAGCCAGAGCCGCUCGGCCUCGUCACCCAGCCUGCACUCGCGCUCUCCUUCCAUUUCCAACAUGGCAGCUCUAAGCCGUGCUCACUCUCCUGCCUUGGGGGUGCACUCUUUUUCCGGGGUGCAGAGGUUCAGCCUUUCAGGCCAUAACCAGUCUCCAAAGAGGCACAGCAUUUCUCAUUCUCCAAAUAGUAAUUCCAAUGGCUCCUUUCUUGCGCCAGAGACAGAGCCAAUUGUUCCUGAAUUGUGCAUUGAUCAUUUGUGGACAGAGACGAUGACUAACUUGAGAGAGAAAAAUUCACAGGCCUCCAAGGUGUUCAUUACAUCUGAUUUAUGUGGACAGAAGUUCUUAUGCUUCUUAGUGGAGACACAGCUCCAGUUACGCUGUGUAAAGUUUCAAGAGAGCAAUGACAAAACCCAGCUCAUCUUUGGCUCUGUCACCAGCAUACACGCAAAGGAUGCAGCACCCGUGGAGAAAAUAGACACCAUGCUGGUCCUGGAAGGCAGUGGGAACCUGGUGCUGUAUACAGGAGUGGUUCGGGUGGGAAAGGUCUUUAUUCCUGGCCUGCCAGCUCCUUCUCUGACCAUGUCCGGUGCAAUGCCUCGGCCCAGCACACCGCUGGACAGUGUUAGCACUCCCAAGCCUCUUAGUAAGCUCCUUGGGUCAUUGGAUGAGGCUGUGCUGUUGUCCCCAGUUCCAGAGCUGAGGGAUUCUUCAAAGCUUCAUGAUUCUCUCUAUAACGAGGAAUGCACUUUCCAACAGUUUGGAACUUACAUUCAUUCUAUCAGAGACCCCGUCCACAACAGGGUGACUCUUGAACUGAGUAAUGGCUGCAUGGUUAGAGUCACUAUUCCUGAGAUUGCCACCUCGGAAUUAGUACAAACAUGUUUACAAGCGAUUAAGUUUAUCCUGCCAAAGGAAAUAGCAGUCCAGAUGCUUGUGAAGUGGUACAAUGUCCACAGUGCUCCAGGAGGACCCAGUUACCACUCAGAGUGGAGUUUGUUUGUGAUUUGCCUCAUGAAUAUGAUGGGUUAUAACACAGACCGCUUAGCAUGGACCCGAAAUUUUGACUUUGAAGGAUCACUUUCUCCUGUCAUUGCUCCCAAAAAAGCAAGGCCCUCUGAGACUGGAUCUGAUGAUGACUGGGAAUAUUUACUAAAUUCAGACUACCACCAGAAUGUUGAGUCUCAUCUUCUGAACAGAUCUUUAUGUUUGAGUUCUUUGGAAGUUUCAAGGGUGAAGGAUGAAGACUUUUCACAGAAUCUCAGUCUGGAUUCUUCUACUCUUCUCUUUACUCACAUGCCUGCAAUAUUUUUUGUUCUUCACCUUGUCUACGAGGAGUUGAAGUUGAAUACUCUAAUGGGAGAAGGGAUUCGUUCGCUUGUUGACCUGCUGGUUCAGUUGGCAAGGGACUUACACUUGGGGCCUUAUGUAGAUCAUUACUAUAGAGACUAUCCCACACUUGUCAGAGCUACCGGACAAGUGUGCACAAUUGAUCAAGGUCAAACAGGAUUUAUGUACCACCCAUCAUUUUUUACUUCUGAGCCACCAAGUAUUUAUCAGUGGGUGAGUUCCUGUCUCAAGGGUGAAGGAAUGCCACCGUAUCCUUAUCUCCCUGGGAUCUGUGAAAGAAGCCGACUCGUGGUCUUGAGCAUUGCCCUCUACAUCCUUGGCGAUGAGAGCUCUGUUUCUGAUGACUCCUCAAAAUAUUUGUCUAAAAUAACUGUAGCCCCACAAAAGGUGCAAGCAGAACAAGAAGAAAACAGUUUUAGUUUCCGACGUUCUACGACAGUUUCUAGCCUAGCUGAAAGAUUAGUUGUCUGGAUGACCAGUGUAGGAUUCACUUUAAGAGAUUUGGAAACUCUCCCCUUUGGAAUUGCUCUUCCCAUCAGAGAUGCAAUUUAUCACUGCCGGGAGCAGCCUGCCUCAGACUGGCCAGAAGCGGUCUGCCUCCUGAUCGGGCGUCAGGAUCUUUCUAAGCAGGCCUGUGAGGGAAAUUUACCCAGAGGGAAAUCCGUGCUCUCAUCAGAUGUCCCUUCAGGAACGGAAGCCGAAGAGGAAGAUGAUGGCAUGAAUGACAUGAAUCAUGAGGUGAUGUCCUUAAUCUGGAGUGAGGAUCUGAGGGUGCAGGACGUGCGAAGGCUGCUUCAGAGCGCACACCCCGUGCGUGUCAACGUGGUGCAGUACCCGGAGCUCAGCGACCAUGAGUUCAUCGAGGAGAAAGAGAACAGAUUGCUCCAGUUGUGCCAACGCACAAUGGCCCUUCCAGUCGGACGAGGCAUGUUCACCUUGUUUUCAUACCACCCCGUUCCAACGGAACCACUGCCAAUUCCUAAAUUGAAUCUGACUGGACGAGCCCCUCCUCGGAACACAACGGUAGACCUGAAUAGUGGGAACAUCGAUGUACCCCCCAACAUGACAAGCUGGGCCAGCUUCCACAAUGGGGUGGCUGCUGGGCUGAAGAUCGCCCCUGCCUCCCAGAUCGACUCGGCUUGGAUAGUUUAUAAUAAGCCCAAGCAUGCUGAGUUAGCCAAUGAGUAUGCUGGCUUCCUCAUGGCGCUGGGCCUGAAUGGACACCUUACUAAGCUGGCUACUCUCAAUAUCCAUGACUAUCUGACCAAGGGCCAUGAAAUGACAAGCAUUGGACUGCUACUUGGUGUCUCAGCUGCAAAACUAGGCACCAUGGAUAUGUCAAUCACUCGGCUGCUUAGCAUUCACAUUCCUGCUCUUCUACCACCAACGUCCACAGAGCUGGAUGUUCCCCACAAUGUGCAGGUGGCCGCAGUGGUAGGCAUUGGCCUUGUGUACCAGGGGACAGCCCACAGGCACACUGCAGAAGUCUUGCUGGCUGAAAUAGGGCGGCCCCCAGGACCUGAAAUGGAAUACUGUACAGACAGAGAGUCGUACUCGUUAGCUGCCGGCCUGGCCCUGGGCAUGGUUUGCUUGGGGCAUGGCAGUAACUUGAUAGGCAUGUCUGACCUCAAUGUGCCCGAGCAGUUGUACCAGUACAUGGUUGGAGGCCAUAGACGCUUCCAAGCAGGAACGCACAGGGAGAGACAUAAAUCUCCAAGUUACCAAAUUAAAGAAGGCGAUACCAUAAAUGUGGAUGUGACUUGUCCAGGUGCUACUCUAGCUUUGGCUAUGAUCUACUUAAAGACCAAUAACAGAUCCAUCGCAGACUGGCUCCGAGCUCCUGACACCAUGUACUUGCUGGACUUUGUGAAACCAGAAUUUCUCCUGCUUAGGACACUCGCUAGGUGCCUGAUUUUGUGGGAUGACAUUCUACCAAAUUCCAAGUGGGUUGACAGCAAUGUUCCUCAAGUAAGUACAAUAAAUAAAACCAGUAGGAAGAGGCAGCACGAAGAGCCCGAGAGCUUCUUUACCUGGUUCACUGACCACUUGGACACAGGUGCAGAUGAGCUAGGAGAGGUCAUCAAGGAUGACGUCUGGCCCAACCCGCUGCAGUACUGCCUGGUUCCCGACAUGGAUGAUGAGGGAGAGCGGGAGGGAGAGGAGGAGAAGAGGCAAGCGCAUGUCUACAUAAUCGCAGGAGCCUGUUUGUCUCUGGGUUUUCGAUUUGCUGGCUCAGAAAACUUAUCAGCAUUUAACUGUUUGCAUAAAUUUGCAAAAGAUUUUAUGACUUAUUUGUCUGCACCUAAUGCUUCCAUAACAGGUCCUUAUAACCUGGAGACCUGCCUGAGUGUGGUGCUGCUGUCACUUGCCAUGGUGAUGGCUGGUUCGGGGAACCUGAAGGUGUUGCAGCUCUGUCGUUUCUUGCACAUGAAAACAGGUGGUGAGAUGAACUAUGGUUUCCACUUGGCUCACCACAUGGCCCUCGGACUUCUGUUUUUGGGAGGAGGAAGAUACUCUCUGAGCACGUCGAACUCUUCCAUCGCCGCUCUUCUCUGUGCCCUGUACCCACACUUCCCGGCUCACAGCACUGACAAUCGGUAUCAUCUCCAGGCUCUCCGUCACCUCUAUGUCCUGGCUGCAGAACCGAGGCUCCUGGUGCCUGUGGAUGUGGAUACAAACACGCCAUGCUAUGCCCUCCUAGAAGUCACCUACAAGGGCACUCAGUGGUACGAACAAACCAAAGAAGAACUGAUGGCUCCUACUCUUCUUCCAGAACUCCACCUUUUAAAGCAGAUUAAAGUUAAAGGCCCAAGAUACUGGGAACUGCUCAUAGAUUUAAGCAAGGGACCCCAACACUUGAAGUCCAUUCUUUCUAAGGAUGGUGUUUUAUACGUUAAGCUCAGGGCAGGGCAGCUGUCCUACAAAGAGGAUCCAAUGGGGUGGCAAAGCUUGUUGGCCCAGACUGUUGCCAACAGGAACUCUGAAGCUCGGGCUUUCAAGCCAGAAACAAUUUCAGCAUUCACUUCUGAUCCAGCGCUUUUGUCAUUUGCUGAGUAUUUCUGCAAACCGACUGUGAACAUGGGUCAGAAACAGGAAAUUCUGGAUCUGUUUUCUUCAGUACUCUAUGAAUGUGUCACUCAGGAGACCCCGGAGAUGCUGCCUGCGUACAUAGCAAUGGAUCAGGCUAUAAGAAGACUUGGAAGAAGAGAAAUGUCUGAAACAUCUGAACUGUGGCAGAUAAAGUUGGUAUUAGAGUUUUUUAGCUCCCGAAGUCAUCAGGAGCGGCUGCAGAACCACCCCAAGCGAGGGCUCUUCAUGAAUUCUGAGUUCCUCCCUGUGGUGAAGUGCACCAUCGACAACACCCUGGACCAGUGGCUGCAAGCUGGGGGAGACCAGUGUGUGCACUCCUACCUCAGUGGGCAGCUCUGCGAGGACUCGCAGCUGAGCAUGCUGGCCUGCUUCCUUGUCUACCACUCGGUGCCUGCCCCGCGGCACCUACUGCCCCUCGGACUGGAAGGGAGCACGAGCUUUGCGGAACUCCUUUUCAAAUUUAAGCAGCUGAAGAUGCCAGUGCGCGCUCUGCUGAGAUUGGCUCCUUUGCUCCUGGGAAGUCCGCAGCCCAUGGUCACGUGAUGUCAUCCAGGAGCCAGCCUGCCCCGAAAUGUGACUGCAUAAAAGCAUGAGCGUGCGCCAAGGGUGAAGAAGCACCCUAGUUCUGUGCUCACAGCUAGGGGAAGUGAGCUGUCCAUACCCCACUGAAUUUUAAGUAUUUCAGAGAAUCUGUUGGUGUCAGCAUUAACAUUACCAUACAUAACAGUGAGUUAAAAUUUGCUUUGUAAAUAAAAGUUUUUUGGUUUGUUUUCAAAAUUCUUGAUUACUUCGUUUUGGACUUCACAAAAUAGAAUGGCAGAGACGGAUAAAGGCUUCAAGCUGUGGUUGUUCAAGUGAAAUAUCCGGGCCACAAAGCCAGACUCCUGAUACCACGAAAGAUCUUUUAGCACCUGUGACUAAGUAGUCCCAGUUGUUCUAAAAUUGCUACACAAGUCAGGUGUGGUGGCGCAUGCAUACAAUCCCAGCACUCUGGAGUCUCUGGCAAGAGGAUCACUGCACCCUUGAGGCCAGCCUGGGUAUGUGGUGAGUUCAAAGUCUGCCUGCAUUACAAGUGAGAUUGUGUCUCUGAAAAAAAGCCAGACAGUCUUGACAGUGUGACCGCCUCAACAAGAGCGUUACACUGGAGUGCACGGUUCCCCCAGGAAGCAGGAGGUGCUGAGAACUGUGUGUGGCCUUGUGCCUGUCCACAGCCAGCAGGAGUGGCUUCAUCAGGAACUGAGUCCCCUGGCACCUUGCUCUUGGCCCUCAGCCUGCAGAACUGUAAGCAGUAAAGCUGUGUGUGGAGCCUGUGACCUUUUGUCGUGGCAGCCUGAGCAGACGGAUGCAAGGCCUGCUCUAAAUAGUCAAAAAUAUGCAUUUUCCACUGCACAUGGUCUCAGAAGCUGCACGUCAAAUUAAUCUGUUCUAUUCUGUCCCGGUGGCUCUGAACUAGAUGAUGAUGAUGCAAGAUGCCCAAUGUGAAGGCGUCUGCAGCUCCAAGUCAGACAGAGCGGAGAAAGCCGCCUGCUGUGGGGUAUGCCACGGCCCGGGCUUCCUGAAGAGCCAGCGGACCUCCCAUGGGUAGAAACUGCAAGAUCUUCGUCUGCGGAUAGGUUCACUUCACAUUUCUUCCACAUCCUGACUUGUGAUGUGUAAGUCUAAAAAUAAAAAUGAAUGGGAAGAGUUGUGUCUACAUUGAGGUUUCAGCAGAGCCUCUGUGGAGGGGACUUCACCUGGGAGGCCUGCUCUGAGACGAAGUGCCCCCCUGCCUGCCCCAGCGACUUGCUCCCAGAUGUGAAGCAUAGCAAAGAACUGAAUUUGAGAAGUGUACCUCCUUUUGUGCUUAAAAUAGCUCUUCUAAUUAAAAGAAAAUGAUAGAUUAUGAAAGUUCUGUUUGAAUUCAGAGUUAACCUAAUAGCUAGGUAUCUCUUCACCCACUUGUUUUUGAUUGUAUGCUUUUCCCUGAAUAAAGGAUGACUUGAGAGAC